CUGAUGAUUAUAAUAAUUAUAACGUUGUAAAUAAAUAUUAGUCCACAACAAUGAUUAACUUCAAGCCGCAUUGUAAAUGGGAAUAAUGCAGCAAAUAACGAAUAGGCCUGUGCCUGUACCACGCUCAGAGUUCAUCCCAGCUUGUCAUCACCACGCCUACACCAACAUUAACAUUUUGAGGGACCAUCUUAAUGUUCAGUAUAUUAUUUCUUCCGUCCGCCUGAGCACAUCGAACUAACAUUAUUGUUUUAAACGUUUGUCAAAUGUUUCCUUCUGCUUAACUCGUUCGGAUAUGAGAGUUGAUUAAUGAUGUAUAAUAUCACUAAUAACUUGCAGAAAUUACAGUUUGUUGUUAUUGUUUUGUUCUUUAUUUAAGUCGUUAAUUAAACAACUCCUAAACUACGCUCGCCAAUUUGUCUCCGAAGUAUUUUUUGGGUACACCGCUCGCAGAUAAACAUCCUCUUCCGAUCCCCAAACCAGAUGGUUUAGUUUAUCAGCAUCGGAGCUUCGUAUCCACCAAUCGCAACGCGUAUACCAGUAUCUUGCUAUGCGACAGGUCGUGCUUAAUGCCUUUCGCAGCCGCUGUGAGCAGCUACUCGCCAAUCUUGACAAGCCAUUAGGAAUUUUCUCUGACCCGCAUUCGCUGUGUCCGCUGCAAUAUUAUCCGUACUCGUCUUGUCUUACCAACUAUGGAUUCCCAAAUUGAGAACGUCGACACGGAAUUGGAAACCACGAUAAAUACUGGGGAGUCGGAUAUCAAUAGUGGCCAUCAGAACCAUGGGCUGCCCCACAACUCAGUUUCUUUACUAAACAAUGUAGACAACAGUCGGCCGUCAACAAUCGUCGGAUCCUUCACGGACGAGGAUGUUAAAGCUUCGCUUGUCAGUUUUUCUCCGGAGCAGGUCGUCUGUGUUUGCGAGGCGCUCCGUCAAGAAGGCAAUGUCGAUCGUCUAGCCCGUUUCUUAUUUUCUCUCCCUGCCGACAAUGCACUACAGCGACAUGAACUGGUCCUCAGGGCCCGUGCAUUCGUGGCUUUUAGACAAAGUCGAUACAAAGAGUUGUACACCAUAUUGCAGAGCUUCCACUUCAGCCCGGCCCUUCAUGUUGAACUGCAAGAUUUAUGGUAUCGGGCGCACUACAAAGAGGCCGAGGUGGCCAGGGGACGGGCGUUGGGGGCUGUUGACAAGUACCGAAUUCGGCGCAAAUAUCCCCUACCCCGAACCAUCUGGGACGGGGAGGAAACUGUAUAUUGCUUCAAAGAGAAAUCGAGGGCCAUGUUAAAGGAUUGUUACAAACAAAACAAGUAUCCGUCCCCAGAUGAAAAGAGGAAUUUAGCGAAACUGACGGGUCUUACUUUGACCCAGGUCAGUAACUGGUUUAAAAACCGUCGCCAACGAGACAGAGCCCCGUCAAGAAGUGAGAUUGAACACAAUAUGAACAAUAUGGAAUCUCCGGAAAUUAGUCCUGAAUCAAAAUUCAUACCAGGGAACAAUGGACUUGCCAGUCCAGCAAUGGAUGUUGGCGGCUCGCACUCUGUCAUCACCUUAGCCAACAAGGAGAGUAAACUUACUGUAGUCAAAACUGAAUUUGACUCGGACUCACCAGAUGAGGUGUGGCAAAACAUUGGCAAUAACAAACAUCCAAACGAGCAGGUGACCUCACCGAUCUUCCCGGUCGCUGUUGUAGCAAGCGACAAUGGAGCGUUCUUCCAGAAUUCUGGCCUUUUUAUGAAUCCGUCCAUACUCGGUUCAGCUCUGGCGUUUUCCUCGAUGAACACUUCUGCAGCGCAGGCGUUCAUGUCAACAAUGGCUAACGCCGCUUUCGCAAAUACAUCGUUUCCGAUACCAGCUACACCAAGCUCGUCGAACAUUUCUCAAACUUCCGGUCUUCUUCCCGUAUCGAUUUCUGCCGCCAUUCCUGCGAAUUCAGCGACAGUCGGCAAUGGUGGAUCACACGCGCCGUUACAUAAUGGCAGCAACGCGACGCUCACGACACUCACGACUGUAACGCCACUUCUGACGUCUGCUGCCGUAAGCUCGAUCUCGCCAAUUUCGCACACUACCGAUGCUUUGCCAACAAUAUCCACCUUGACUAUGCCACAACCGAUGCCAGUGUCGGCUAGUUCGAUAGUAUCGCAGUAGUACCAAAGAUAAUAAGAACAGGUGCCGGUUCACCUGAUUUAUCAGUAAAUAUAUUAUUACCGUACUUCUUUUAAUGGUUGUCUGCUUGUAAGAAUGUCUACUUAAAGUCGUCGAGUAAGCUACGUCUUCACAGCCAACAGAAUAUGAAUGCGAGGAAAGAGCUCAGGAUGUUGUCAUUUUCAACAGGCAUUAUGAUCAUCAAAAUCGUCACGGGCACAUAUAGAACAACCAUUUUAAUGUGUAUUAGUCAGCAAAAACCAACAUUAACGUUUGUUGCUAGUAUGACUCUAUCCAUAAUUAAACUAACAUUACAGCUGCAUCGAUUACACUAACUGCUCUAGACUUAUUUUAUCACAAGUAGUCAUAAUGUUUGCAGAAAAAUAGCAACUUUUGUGUACAGUAUUUAUCGCGAUGACGUCUUCAAAAUAUUGCAGUCGUUGGCGGAUUUUUAUAUAGAUUUUACUCUAGUUAUUUUUCUACUGAAUUAGGUCCAAUAACUGUUUAUCGUUAUAUUUUAUGAGUGUAUUGAUUAUGUGCAUUUAUAAAAUGAAUAUAGAUUAGAUAUUUUAUGCAAUACUUAGAAACAUUCCAAUAUCGUCUAUGGCAUCGGUUUCAGAGAGAAGUAAUUGUAUGGAAGUCUCGCUUUGCACAAAAUGUUCAUGUCAAUGAGUGUGCGCAGUAGAUAUCGCUGUUGAUGGAGUACGGUACUGAGGGUAAUAAGAUGUUGGUUGGUUUGUUCAGUCGACCUGGUUCGGUUUAAAGACUGGGCACUAAAUAUAAGAACAUGUGGCUGUACUUAUUGCUGUUCCGGAAAUGGGAAAAAUAGAGCCAUUUUAUUGUUUCUUAAUCCCCUGCACUGACUGGACGAUGGGCUGAUCUGUUUGCAAAGAUUAGGCCUAAACUACUAAUAUUUAAUGUGUUAUGUUAACGCAUUUUGUCAGCAUUUGUUUAUAUUGUAAUAUUUGUCUAGAUUUUCAUUUAUGAAUCAUAAGCAGGGCUUCAUUGGUCACGUGGAUAAUGGAGAGUUCGUAGGAUAUUUAAAAGGCAAUGGCUAUUGUUGUUACACCAGUCUUAAACGAAUUCAAUGUAUGGAUUGUCCUAAAAAAACAAUAACAUGUAAAUUUAAUAAAUGAGGCCUGAAAAACUAUAAAAACGCCAUUAAUGCCAUAACGUUGUGAAUAUAGAAAUUCAUAGCCAAAUUUAAUAUUUUGUUUAAUAUCGAUAACCGAAUUUAUUAUUAUAGAAUAUAUAUGUAACAUGAUGAAACAGGUUUUUAUGUACUUAAUCGCCUUCGAUAUUAGCUUUACUAUUUUGUUGUCUCCUUAGCUUGUUAUUUCUGGUAUUUUGUUUUAUGGCCAAACAGUUUAGAUUUUAGAUAGAUAAAUAAAUGUAAUGUGAGUUCUCAUUUGACAGAUCUACUUACUUUAAAGCCAAAUACUGUAUAAUAAUGCACAAUUUUCAUGCAAUCAAUUUUAUAAAUUGAAUAUAUUUGUCUAAAGAUAUUACACAAUGCCAAUUGAUUAAUAGGCGACUAAGUAUUAUACUUUGAGAUCGAAUGAUCUAUUUACCACGGUUUCGUGUAUACAGCCCCAUGGUGGGCUGACACUUAGCUAUCGUCUCACUUUGUGAGUUGUAAGAGUAAAUCCGGUUGGAGGAAUUUUGGGAUGAGUCAGAAACUAAAAAUAAAAAUGAACAGUCUUCCAACUGAAGAUAAGAGCUGUCCUAGAAAGAAGUCAACAAUCUGUUACUUGUACAGUUAUUCAAGUGAAUUGCCAACAUAGAAAACGUGGAUGGGUUAUGAGUUCAAAGUAGCCACGUCAAGACGUAGCCACUUGGUCCCGCUGGGUGCUUAUUUUUAAGCAAUGGUGUUAUUAUGUUUUUUGAAUCAGGGAGCAGUCAUGUAGUCAAAGUGCCUCUCCGAAGAAAAAAUGAGAAAGUUUUUAAAGUGUUACAUUUAUAGCAAGCUACAUUUGUAUAAUUGCCAGGCGCGCGUAUACCUGAAUUGUUAAAUAUGAAAAGGCCUUCAAAUAUUCAAAUGCUUUUGCGUUAAAUCAUAUGUCGCUCUAAAUUGCACACUAUGUAUGUUUGUACAGAUAUUAGUGUCCGGUAUGCUACUUGACGAGGUGCUUAAAGCCCGGUUUCCAUAAAAUCGCUACAAUGUGUUUACACUGCGACACGCGUACUGUCCCCGAUUCGGCCGACCAAUCAAGCGUCGCCGAUAACAGUCAACGAUAGCGUGUAGCGAUUUUAUGUAAACCUGGCUAUUACCGCGAAUUUAUGCUAAAUUUGUGCUUCAUGUUUUAUAGGCCAUUUUUAAUUUAACUAUUUUUAGUCUAUUCCGAUGUGUUGAUCAUAGACCGUCCAUAUAGUUAUAUCUACAUAUUUAGUAAUACAGUAUUAAAACUAUCAUGAUGCUCAAGGGUUUAAAAAAAUUAAUAUCGAGGGUAGUGAUAGUAUUUUUAAAAUUUUAAUUACCUGGAUUCGAAUUUUUGAUUAAUAAAGACAUUUAAAAAUAUAAGAAAAGUGGUCAUGAAACCAUGUUAACUCUGGUUGGUUAAAAUAUAUGACAUGUAAAUAUAGUGUGUUUUGUAGAAAAAUAAAAUGUUUAAAAUCAAA